UGCUUUUUCCUAUCAGCCGGAUGCCGUGGUUGAGACUGGCUUACUAGCUCGCGAAUAUUCACUAAAAAGGGUCGAAUUUGGGUUUUUACGGUAGUAUAUUUUGGCCGAUAUGCCUCCGAAGAAACCAGCUCAAGCCACAGGUAGUAAGAAAACGCAAGAGAAGAAAAAAGAAAAGAUCAUUGAAGAUAAGACAUUUGGACUGAAGAACAAGAAAGGAGCUAAACAGCAGAAGUUCAUCAAAACUGUCACACAGCAAGUCAAGUAUGGACAACAAAGCGCUCGCCAAAUUGCUGCAGCUGAAGGUGAGAAGAAUAAAAAGCAAGACAAGAAGAAAGAGCUGUCUGAGUUGAACGAGCUUUUCCGACCUGUUGUGGCCGCCCAAAAAGUUAGCAAAGGUGUGGAUCCCAAAUCAGUGCUCUGUGUGUUCUUCAAGCAAGGACAGUGUACCAAGGGAGACAAGUGUAAGUUCUCCCAUGAUCUGACCCUGGAGCGGAAGUGUGAGAAGCGCAGUGUGUAUGUGGAUGGCAGAGAUGAGGACCUUGAAAAAGAUACCAUGGAAAACUGGGACGAGAAGAAGCUGGAAGAAGUUGUUAAUAAGAAACAUGGAGAGGCCGAGAAGAAGAAAGCAAAGACUCAGAUUGUGUGUAAAUAUUUCCUGGAUGCCAUUGAAAAUAACAAAUACGGCUGGUUCUGGGUUUGCCCUGGUGGAGGCGACAACUGCAUGUAUCGUCACGCCCUUCCCGUGGGAUUCGUCCUGAAGAAAGACAAGAAGAAAGAGGAGAAAGAGGAGGAGGAGAUCUCUCUGGAAGAACUGAUAGAGAAUGAGCGCGCUGCCCUGGGACCAAACGUGACACGUAUCACUCUGGCUACGUUCUUGGCAUGGAAGAAAAGGAAAAGGCAAGAGAAGAUCACAAAAGCAGAGCAGGACAUGGAGAAGAAAAAGGCUGAUUUUAAAGCGGGCAAAGCACUCGGGGUCAGUGGACGUGAGGUGUUUGAGUUCCGCCCUGAACUUGUGGAUGAUGAUGAUGAGGAGGCUGACGACACUAAAUAUGAGAAGUCUGACAGUGAAGAGGAUGUUGAGGAGGUGCAGGAGCCUGAAGAGUUCCAGGAUAUUGACAUCGCUAGAUUUAUUCCUAAAGAGGUGGAUAACGCAGGGAUUACUGUGGCCUCAGCAGACAGAUUCACAGCCAAGGCCCAGCCAACAAACCAGACAGACGACAAUAAACUGAGCGAGGCGUCAGGCGGAGCUGAGGAGAAUGGAGAACAUGAUGAGGACCACACCCUAGAGGAGGAGCAAGGAGAGGAGGAGGAGGAGGAGUCAGAGGCGGUGCCAGUGGAUGAGAACCUCUUCACAGGGGAGGACCUGGAUGAACUGGAGGAGGAGCUGAACACACUGGAGCUGGACGAGUAAGACUGGAACCGUUGGCAUGUCUAAGAACUACACAAGUCUAAGAACUACACAAGUCUAAGAACUACACAAGGCUUCAAGUGAAUGACAGUGUUUCACCAACAGCUGCAACCAGCGUGUCAGAGUGUGUCUGCCUGUGGUUCCCCUCAUCCCAUCUGACAGAGAGAGAGAGGAUGUCUAACAAUGCCUUUUCUUUGCUUUCAUUUUAUUCCGUGAGGUUGUUUUUUCCAGCAGUCUGCCCUGAACGUGGGACCAGGCCGGGCAUUUUCAGCUGGUUUUAGUCACGGCUUUCUUCAAAAAUCUGAAAUGGGAAUGUAUUCUAAAUAAAAUAUUUAUUGGUCCAUCAGGAUUUUUCCCAUAUUGUCUGCUGUAAGGUUUAAUUAAUGCAGUUAACCCAGUUAAUCCUUUGAAUUUUAAAGCACUGUUUGGAAUUUGGUAUGGCCUGCCCCAUCCUGUUUUCCACCAAUGUGCAAGAACCGGUUUAAUGAAUACCAAUUUAGACCCAGUUUAAUGAAUACCAAUUUAGACCCAGUUUAAUGAAUACCAAUUUAGACCCAGAUUAAUGAAUACCAGCUUAGAUCCAGUUUAAUGAAUGCAAACCAUUGUUUCAGUCCAUAUUCUGUGAGUUUGUGCACUUUGACUUGCAGCAUGUCUGUAUGAGGAGUUGAUGGUGAAUAUGUGUGACACUGACAUUGUAACUCCAGAUCAGUUCACACACUGAUUGGAUGACUUAAACAGCUCUGGUCCAUCUGAAGCCAACAAAGGGUUAAGCACGAGUCGCUCAGGUUUGUGUUUUGAACCACUUAGUGGGAGUGUUCAUGAGAGAAGGAUGAACUGGUAAGUGGAAUGUGUUAUUUUUCUGUCCUUGUGUUUUCAGUUGAUUGAAAUUCCUUCGCACCAACAUGCCAAGAGAAAUUGUAAAUAAAAGGAUAUGGGAUACUAACGUAAAA